AUGGAUCGAAGAGCAGAGGGCUGGGCAGAGCGGGUGGUGGAAGGCGAGAAGACGGCCGCCCCCGGUCGACGUAGCGUCACGUUGCCGGGGUCGGGCGAGGAAGAAUCGACGGGGCCAUCGUCGGGAACUUCGUCUUCAUCGUCGCUCUCGGUGCGGCCCACGCGGCGGCUGCUUCGGGUGAUGGUGGUGGACUACCCAACCGGCAUCGCUCUCUUCCACCACACGUGGGCAUGGAAGGGUGAUCCCAAUGUGGCAGGCAUCGCCAAGGUUAUCGUCGCUUUCUACAAACUCUCUCAAUCUCUCGGCGGCAGAGGCGAUACAAACUACGUGUUGUUCGAUCCUCCGCCGGAAGGCAGACGCCGAUCGCAGCAGGACCUCUAUUCCAUCAAAUCCAAACGCGCCUCAGGCGGAGCCGGCCUGCGACCAAUGAUCGCGUCGCCUCGUCCCCGCAAGCCGCGCAUUCGGUGUGUCUUCUCCAAGGUGGACCACGUCGUGGUGGGCCUCUUUCACGAGAUCGGCGACAAGCUGGAGCUGCCCAGGCAGUGCGGCGAUGCCAUCCUGCGGGAGUUCGUGGCGCAGUACGGCGAUAAGCUGGCCUCCAUGCGCCACAUAUUCGAAGACAUGAUCGACGAGAAGAAGGCACGCCCUACUGCGCGGCACUCGAAACGGCCUUGA